CAGUUUGGAUGCAGAAGCCAAGCCGGCUUCAUCCUAGCACGGGUGGGAGAAACACUCGAUUGUGUUAUUUUUGUUUUUUACUUUGUUCUAUAAAUUGACUGUAUCAGUGAUAAAUAAUAAGAAUAAGUUAAUAAAUAAAAUACUAUCAAAAUAAUAGUUUUAAGAUGAGGUGGUUGCUGCUGCUAUGCUUUGGAGUAAUCCAAAGCAUAAAUGCAGAAAUUUUAACUCCUCCUUACUUCAAUUUGGCUGAAGGAAAAGAAAUUAUUGCCUCGGCAACGUGUGGUGUCGAUACUCCUGGUCCUGAAUUGUACUGUCAGCUUGUGGGUGCUAGUUCUGAUCAAGACGAGGAUGUCAAUCUUAUUCAAGGACAAGUUUGCGAUGUCUGUGAUCCUACCGUGCCGGGAAAAAAUCACCCCCCGGAGCAUGCAGUCGAUGGAAUGGAAACCUGGUGGCAAUCACCGCCGCUAUCUAGAGGAAUGAAGUACAAUGAAGUUAAUUUGACAAUAAACUUGGGCCAGGAAUUCCACGUAGCAUAUGUGUACAUACGUAUGGGAAAUUCUCCACGUCCCGGUUUGUGGGUGUUAGAAAAGUCGAAAGAUUACGGCAAAACCUGGCAGCCGUGGCAAUAUUUCUCCGACUCAGCAAGCGAUUGUAUUACAUACUUCGGCGUAGACAGCAGAAUGCCGAUUUCACGUGACGACAGUGUGAUAUGUACGACUGAGUACUCGAAAAUCGUGCCAUUGGAAGGCGGAGAAAUACCUAUUUCUAUCUUGAACAACCGUCCAUCUGCAUCUCACUACUUCAAUUCUACUCCCCUUCAAGAAUGGACCCGCGCUACCAACGUCAGGUUCCGAUUUCUCAGGACCAAAAAUCUUCUUGGACACUUGAUGUCCGUCGCUCGCCAGGAUCCUACUGUAACAAGAAGAUACUUUUACUCGAUAAAAGACAUCAGUAUUGGUGGUCGUUGUAUGUGUAAUGGUCAUGCUGCGACUUGCGAUAUCCGCGACCCAAAGCAGCCGAAAAAAUUGGAAUGUAUUUGCCAGCACAACACAUAUGGUCCUCAGUGUGCUUCAUGUUUGCCAGGAUUUCAGCAGAAAAAAUGGCAAAUUUCUACAGCAUUUAAGAAGUUUACUUGUGAACCGUGUAAUUGUUUUGGACAUUCAACCGAGUGUAUUUACGACUCCGAAGUGGAUGAAAAGCACUUGUCUCUGGACAUUCAUGGCGUUUACGAAGGUGGUGGAGUUUGUCAAAAUUGUGCGCAUAAUACCCAAGGAAUAAAUUGUAAUCAAUGUAAACCCAAAUACUUCAGACCCGAAGGAAAACCAUUGAAUGCUACGGAUGUUUGUCAACGAUGUGACUGCGACUUUUUCUACUCGACUGGAAACUGCGCCGAGUCGACGGGCAAAUGUGAAUGUCGGCAAGAAUUCACAGCUCCUGAUUGUGAUUCUUGUGCGUACGGAUACUUCGGAUAUCCAAAUUGCCGCCCGUGUGAAUGUCACCUGGGUGGAACAGACGGUUAUCACUGUGAAGCUAUUGAAGGAAGUUGUCCGUGUAAAGAAAAUUAUGCUGGAGCUUAUUGUAAUCUUUGCGCUGAAGGAUAUUACAAAUUUCCUGAAUGUUUACCCUGUGAAUGUAACUCACAAGGAUCUCUUGAUGAUGUUUGUGAUGUGGUGAGUGGCAACUGUACAUGUAAGAACAACUACGGAGGCAGAACUUGUGAUAUUUGUGAAGAUGGGUAUUACAAUUAUCCAGUUUGUACUUACUGUAAUUGUGAUGCGCGAGGAACUGAGCCCCAAGUAUGUAACAAAAGGGACGGUAGUUGUCUCUGUAAAGAAGGCUACGGUGGAGCAAGAUGUGACCAAUGUAUCAAAGGUUACUAUGGAUAUCCAAAUUGCAGACCAUGUAAUUGUAGCUCCGUCGGUUCUUCUUCAAUAAGUUGUGAUGCCAAUGGUAAAUGCUCUUGUCUUGGUAAUUUUGCUGGACGAGCUUGCGAUCAAUGUAGUCCUGGUUACUUUAUGUAUCCCGAUUGUAUCAGCUGUAAUUGCGAUAGCCAUGGAUCCAUUGGAGUGUCUUGUAACUCUGAAGGCAAAUGUCAGUGUAACGAGAACUUUGACGGACUGCAAUGUGACCAAUGUAAAGAAGGCUUCUACAAUUUCCCACGAUGCGAGGGAUGUAAUUGUGAUCCCGCUGGUGUUCCUAAGUCUUUCACAGGAUGUGGGUCAUUGCCAGCCGGUGAGUUGUGUCAGUGCAAAGACCGGGUCCAAGGAAGAAUUUGUAAUCAGUGCAAGCCACUCUUCUGGAACCUGCAACAAGCCAAUCCUGAUGGAUGCGAAGACUGCAAGUGUAACGUUCCUGGUGUUAUUGGAGGUAUCGGUGAAUGUGACACGAAAUCUGGUCAAUGUAUUUGCAAACCAGGCGUAACAAGUCGCGCGUGUAACCUAUGUGUUGACGGGACUUAUAAUUUGGAUGACUCGAAUCUCUUUGGAUGUUCUGUUUGCGCUUGCGACAUUGGUGGAUCUAUAAGCUCAAUUUGUGACAAGAGAACCGGACAAUGUCCUUGCCAGCCACGAGUCACCGGUCAAACUUGUACAGAACCCCUGAAAGCUCACUACUUCCCAACACUCCACCAAUUCCAGUACGAAGUUGAGGAUGGCCGAACGCCCAGCAACAGUCCCGUAAGAUACGGUUUCACCGAAGACGCCUUCCCCGGGUACAGUUGGAAAGGAUACGCCGUAUUCUCAGCCCUUCAGAAUGAAAUAAUCCAGCGUGUCUACAUCUCUAAGCCUUCUUUGUACCGCAUGGUUCUAAGAUUCGUAAACAAAAAUUCCGAACCCGUGUUAGGAACCAUAAAAAUCACACCAGACAAUCCUCAAGAAAUUGAACAGACCUUCAAAGUCCAGCUGAAGCCGACUAACGAUCCAGCAUUUGUCACUGUCGCUGGUGUUCAUGGAAACUUGCCCGCGACUAUGGUGAUGAAUCCUGGGUACUGGUCAAUAUCCAUUGCUACUGAGAAGAACUUGUUCCUUGAUUACUUCGUACUUUUACCUGCCGAGUACUACGAAGCCACAAUUUUAACCCAAGAUGUCGAUUUGCCCUGCGAAGUUGGUCAGAAGAGUCUCUGUCGUCACUACGACUACCCAAACCUCAACUACUUUGACUCAGUUCAUGGCUCUGGGGGCUUUUUGAACACCGAAUCAGGGAGAUUUCCUCUCACUGAAUAUUUCACAGACCACGACGUCCUCAACGAGAUUAACCAGGACGAAAUCCCUCUAAUCAACGAACAGCAGAAGCGAAUCCUCUUUGAAUUCCGUGUCUCCAAACCUGGAUCGUACAUUCUCCUGGUGACCUACGUCACCGCGCGAAAAGACACUUCAACCUCGACGCUGCUCAUUGAAGUAAACGGAAGCCCCCAGGGUAAGGCCACCAUCCAUCCUUGCAAAUACACCAGUAUUUGCCGUCAAGUCGUCACGGACAGACACGGAAAAAUAGGAGUUACUAAUUUCGCUGAUAAUUAUGCUACUUUGGUGCUAACUGGUGAACCGAACUCGAAUAUUGCCGUUGAUUCAGUGGUUGCUAUUCCUUAUGAGCGAUGGUCGCUGGACUACAUAAAACCCAAGUCAGUCUGCGUGAGGAAGAAUGGAAAGUGCGUCCAAGGAAUAUUCCCCGGAGGCGCUGAUGCGAAAAAAGUCGAAUUCGAAGCGAAUGUUGAGGGUACAGAAAUUGACAAUCGUCCGCCGGGAAUUUUUGAUAAUACGACUAAGCUUAUUUACUUGGACCAGAACAACUCUCUAAUUGACAUCAGAACAAAAGUUCCCGCGCCUGGAGAGUACGUGUUUGUUAUUCAGUACUACCAACCUGAUAAUCCGGAAUUUGAGCUGGAAGUUCUUGUACAGAAUGGUAAAUUUUACGAGUCAAAAGUUGCUGUACCGCAUUGUCCGAGUAACAGCGGGUGUCGCAGUAUUAUCAAGCAGCAGGAUGGUAACUUCAAGUUUCAGUUGAUAGAAAACGUUGUAAUAAGUUUUAAAAAUCCAGGAUAUGGUACAUGGCUUGAUUAUUUGCUGAUAAUACCAGCAGAGCAGUAUGAUGAUAAAGUCCUGAAGAAGAUUCAAUUUGACCAGACUAAGGAGUUCAUCCAAAGGUGUGGAAAUAAUCACUUCCACAUAAACACAAUAGAUGAUGGUUUCUGUCGAGAUUCAAUAUUUUCACUGACUGCGAAUUACAACAACGGAGCGCUGCCUUGUCACUGCAGUGCCCACGGAACGACGAGCUUCGAGUGCGACAAAUUUGGCGGACAGUGUCCUUGCAAGCCUAACAUCAUUGGACGGCGCUGCGAAAUCUGUAAGACGGGAUUCUACGGGUACCCGAAUUGUAGACCGUGUAAUUGCCCGAUAACUGCGAUUUGCGAACCAGAGAGAGGAGAGUGUAUCUGUCCAUCAAGAGUAAUUGGAGAGAGGUGUGAUCAGUGUGAGGAAGGCUCUUAUGGAUUCCAUCCGAUUAUCGGGUGUGAAGAGUGCAAUUGCUCGCCUGCGGGAGUUCUCAAUAGAGAUAGGCAGUGUGAUUUGCUGAAUGGAACUUGCAAAUGUAAAGAAAAUGUCGUGGGACGUCAGUGUGACAAAUGUCAGAACGGGUAUGCCCAGUUUCCAUACUGCGAAGCUUGUGACUGUGAUUUUAAAGGAACCACUGCUGAAAUUUGCGAUCAGUACACUGCGGAAUGUUACUGCAAAGCGAAUGUUCAGGGCUCUGCGUGCGAUAUUUGUAAAGAAGGAACAUUCAACUUGCAAGCUGAGAACGAUCAAGGAUGCAGUAAGUGUUUCUGCUUUGGAAAGACCACCAGGUGCGAUUCCGCUAAUCUUUACAGGGCUUACGAGUACAAUAUGAUUGACUGGGACGUGGCGGUGAUCCAGGAAAAGACGGGGGUGGUUAAUAUCCUGUCGACGAUUCCUCAAGAGUACAAUGAGACCUCGAUUAUCGUUACUUUGACCAACAAUAAUGAAACUUCUGGUAAUACCGUGUACUUUUCGGCUCCGGGUAAUUAUCUGGGGAAGAAAUUGACUUCCUAUGGUGGAACGUUGAAUUACACUGUGUAUUACAGUACGGGUCCGUUUGGAAAAGCUGUUGCGGGACCUGAUGUCAUCCUGAUGGGCAGCGAUAAUGUCUUGUACCAUUAUGCCGAGGAACAGCCACCAUCAUUUGCGAACUUUGAAGCCUCGGUAGCGCUGGUAGAGUCUAAUUUCAUCACGCAAGGAAAUGUCGAAGCGACGAGAGAGCAGAUGCUAGUGACGCUGGAAAAUUUGAAGGGUAUAUUUAUUAGAGGUACUUACUGGGAGCCAAGUAUUGCCAUGACCUUGUCCCAAGUAUCGAUGGAUACCACUACGGAUACAUAUGUGCCUGGAAGCGAGCAGGCGAGUAGUGUUGAGCAGUGUCAAUGUCCGCCCAAUUAUCAAGGUCUAUCUUGUGAAGAAUGUGCUCCAGGGUACUAUCGGGUUGAGUCAGGACCUUAUGGUGGGUCUUGUGUUCGCUGCCAGUGCAAUGGGCACGCUGAUACUUGUGAUGUUAAAACUGGAAUCUGUUAUGAUUGUAAAAACGGAACAACCGGCGACCAUUGUGAAUACUGUGAACAAGGAUACUACGGAAACGCAACAAUUGGAACCCCAACUGACUGUCUAAUCUGCGCCUGUCCUCUACCUCUUGCUUCCAACAACUUCGCGACAGGUUGCGAGGUAAAUGAAGCAGGAAAUAAAAUCAGCUGUGACUGUCUUCCUGGUUACUACGGAGCCCGGUGUGAAUCUUGCGCAGCAGGAUUCUACGGCGACCCCAACAUCGAGGGUGAAUUCUGCAAACCGUGUGAGUGUUCCGGGAACAUCGACACCAACGACUUAAGUUCCUGCGACUCUAUAACUGGUGAGUGUCUUCACUGUUUGAACAACACCUACGGCGAGGCCUGCAAUCUCUGUGCUCCCGGGUUUUUCGGAGACGCUGUUGAGCGUAAAGACUGUCAAACAUGUAACUGCGAGGCUUGCGGAAUGGAACACUGUGACAGCUACAACGGACUCUGUCAAUGUCGACUUAACGUAAUUGGUUCUAGAUGUGACCGCUGCGCAGAAAACCACUUUGGAUUUGACUCUUGUAACGGUUGUCAAGCCUGUGAUUGCGACGUCGCUUCAGAUUACGCCCAGUGCGACCUCACUUCAGGCCAAUGUAAAUGCAAGCCCGGUGUCACUGGUCGUAGAUGCGACCGCUGUAUUGCCGGUUUCUGGAACUACGGACCAGAAGGGUGCACUUCUUGUAAUUGUAACACCGGGUACUCGAUUGGAGCUUCCUGUAACACAACAACUGGUCAGUGUUCCUGUUUGCCUGGAGUUAUUGGAGAAAAAUGUGACCACUGUCCUCACCGGUGGGUUUUGAAAGAAGGUGACGGCUGCUAUGAAUGCGACUCUUGCAUCGAUGAUCUUUUGGACGUCACCGAUCGACUCGAGCAUGAUCUUUCUCCGGUAGCUCAAGAGUUCAACACCGUCGCCGAGAGCUACUUCACCAAUCAACGUCUCAAGUUUGUGAAUGACAGCGUAAACGAGUUGUACCCGGAUGUUCAGCUGCUAGAUUCAAGUCGCAUUGAUUUCGUUCCUCUGCAUCAGGAUAUUGCGAAACUGGAACAAGAAGCGGCCUCCCAGAAGCGCCAGGUUGAGUAUAUCGUUGAUGACAGCUUGACGUGGAAAGAUGGCGCUGAGAAAACUCUUGUUGACAUGAAUAAUUUGGAAACUGAUGUAAGGAAGGAGAUAGACUCGGUCAACUCGAUUAUUUCUGAAGUACAGUCUCUGGCGACUAACAUCGGCCAAGGCGCGGCUGCUAAAGUUGAUAGCGCGCUCAAGGAAGCUAAUGAAAUUUUGAAUAAGAUUAAAAAUGUAUCCUUUGUCAACUUCAGAGACAAAGCGAUUGACCAGGCUGAUCAGGCUAAUGGUCUGGUGUCUGAUAUGACUGAGUACAACUUCCCGGUUAGUAAUUUGACCUCCGCUGCUGGAAAACUGGGGGAAAAAAUUCAAAACUUUAGUAGAAAGGUUGAUGACUUUUAUGUUAUUAUUGACAAAGCUGAGGAAUUUACUUACGCAGCUGAAAAAUUGAUUGAUGACAACAAGAGGUCCAAGGAGUUUGGUAACUUUGAUUUGUUGAAGAAUGCUACUACUGAGAGCCAAGAUGAUAUUGCGACAGGAGAAACUUUGAAUAGAAAUGCUACUAGUUAUUUGAAUGAAGCUGAUAUUAAUUUUUCAAGUCUAAAAGAAUUAGUGUCAAGAAAUCAAGAAGCGUACUUGCAACUAAACAACACAUUGAAUCAAAAUGACAAUGACUUAUUAGACAUAAUAGACCUGGUCGGAAGAGCAGAUGAGCAUGCAGAGAAUCUCUACGAGCUAUCAGUUCAAUUGGACGACAGUUUAUCAGUUACCCGUAACACAAGUGCAGUAAGAGCAGUAUCAGCUUACCGCGAUAUUGAGCGUGCAAUUCAGGAAGCACGUGAAGCAGCUUACGAAGCUUUACAAGCCGCAAACAACGCAACCACGCUUUCGAAUGGUGUUGACACGAAAACCAUCGAGACUCUCGAUCGGUCCUCGGAGUUGAUGUCACUCGCGGAAUCCGCGCUGACAGCCACUGAGCAAAAACUCGAGGCUGACUUGGACCAAGCUCAGCAGUUCAACAACAAUCUCGCCAAGCAGAACAAAAAGAACACAGAGGCCUUGGAUCGCAUCAACAACACCUUAAAUCAGCUGGCGCUGAGUUUUGGUUCGCCAACUGACGACGUCACCGAAGAGGCCAAUGAGAUUGAGCUAAUGAUCAACAAUGCGAUGGAUCGUAUGAGUGGUGUCGUUAAUAAAAUUCCCAAUGAUCUUAAAGAUUCUAAGAAUUUGACGAAAGACACAACUGAUUCAAUCCGCGACGUUUCCCAGGCCAAGAAGCAGCUGGAUUCAGUCAGUAAAGUUCUUCCCGACAUGGCGAACUUGCUGAGCAAGUUAGGAGAGACUCAGAAAAAUAUCGACGUGGUAGGCAGCGAUCUGAAAGAUAAAAUAGAAGCUUUGAAAAGAAGAAUCUCGAAUGCGCGAGAACUCGCGGAUAGAUUUAAAAUCGGUGUGACCUUCUAUCGGAACACAACUCUUCAACUAAAGAACCCUGAGAGUUUGCCGCUACUAGCAACGUCUACUAAAUUAUCUCUCUACUUUAGAACCGACAAGGCAAACGGAUUUUUAUUGUACCUCGGAAACGAGGACAGAGGAAAGGUAACGCGACAAAAGACCCACGAUUUCUUGACUCUGAUGAUCGAAGGUGGGUAUCCGGUGCUGAUCAUUGACUUGGGUUCCGACCCGGUUAAAAUCAUCAACAAGAAAUACGUAUCAGACAAUGUAUGGCGACAGAUAAUUGUUGACAGAACGGGCAAAAACGUGAAGCUAAUCGUCCGCGAAGACAUCGGCGAAGGAAAAGACGACUCUUAUGUUGAGGAACAAGUUGUUCCUGGUACUUACUCGAUAUUCAAUUUAGACCAGGAUCACUCAAAACUGUUUGUCGGUGGUUACCCAACGUCCUUCCAGACUCCAGAUGCUGUGACUGCGUCUUCCUUUGAAGGACAAAUGGAGGAUCUGGUCAUUGGAGACAUUCCUGUGUCCUUCUGGAACUUUAUAAAGGGCGAAAAUAACCGCGAGGGAGCUAUGGAACGUGACAAACUUAUAGACUUCACCCCCAGCACGGGGUUGAGAUUCGACAGGAAUGGAUUCGCAGUUCUAAGUAUGAAGACCUCGCAGAUACGUCACGAUCCUUCGAAAUUCAGCUUGAAAAUGAACUUUAAGACCUUCGCGGAAGAUGGUCUGAUGUAUCUGAUGGGCAAGAGCAAGCAUUUCCUCGCUCUGGAGAUGAAAAACGGGCAGGUGUUGUACCAAUUUGACUUGGGUGACGGUCCAGUGUCUUUGAUGUCCCAGCAGAAGUACAACGACGGACAGUGGCACUCUCUAGAGGCUCGCAGACUCGAAGGAAUCGGGUUGAUGGAGAUCGACGGUAUUAUGGUAGCUAAAAACGACCUACAGGGCAGCGGAAAGACCCUGGGGGCUAAUGAUCAUAUUUAUGUCGGAGGUUAUCCGCCAAAUAUACGACACCCGUAUAAAUCUGUGUCUAAUGUCGGUUUUGAGGGCUGUAUUGAUGAAGUUGUUAUUUUGGACACCUCGGUAGACCUCAGCAGAAAUUCUCAGGCGUUCGGUGUCAUGCCUGGAUGUCCUGUACGAUUUGCGAGCUUAGUGUCUUUCGAAAAUGACUCAUCUGGUUAUGUGAAAUGGCAGAACGUCACAGCAGACUCGAUGCUGCAAGUUAAUCUCAAGUUCAAGACCACUGCUGACAAUGGUCUCAUUUUCUACGUGACCGACCCCGAGCAGACGGCGAGUAGCACGCUUUCGAUUGAAGACGGAGUCUUGGUGUUCAAGAGUCAAGGUGAGGAGGUAAGAAGUAGCACAGCUGGCAGUAAAUUCAAUGACAACGAGUGGCAUGUUGUCACUGCUACGCAUGAUGAAAACGCCCUGAGAAUAGACAUUGAUGAUGUAGAUAAUUUCGUAACAGAGUACCCACCACCUCCUUUGAAUAUUCAAAAGGGUAAUUUGUACAUCGGAGGAUUACCCAAUGCGGGAGGUACGUUUGUAGGGUGCAUUGGUGAUGCGACACUCAACGGAGAGAUCAUAAACUUUGCGAACACAAAGGAACGGCCGAACGCGCUGCUCGGUAGGUGUCAAGGUGGUGAAACUCCUGCGCAUACGCCGACUGAGAGUGACAUUGGCGCCUGGCCACCUCCGAUCGUCACUGGAUUGCCGGAAACAAUAACAAUGAUGUCAACUAACAGCAAUAUUAUUGACGUAGAGGUGGAUACUAUAGAACCAGAUCAUGUUGACAGGGAGGGAAGAGUUACCUUCCCUCCGUUGACUGAAGCUCCUACGUUCACUGAAGAACCGGAGGAACCAGAGGAACCAAGAACGCCUGAGAAUGAAGUGGUUGACCCGACGACUCAAGCUCCACCUUACACGGUUGACUCUUGCAAGCUGCCGUACAUGCCUAUGAGAGAUCCCGAGAGCGAGAGUGGCUGGAGGUUCGGAACUGCUAGGUACAGCAGGCUCGAGUAUGGCUCGCUGAAUGGCAGGUACAAGAAUGAUUAUGAUCUUCAGAUUGAUCUCAAGACCGCCGCAGAUGAAGGAGUUAUUUUCUAUAGCUCCGCGCUGACUAAGAACCAUUUCAUCGCGGUUUAUAUUCAAGGUGGUAGAGUUCACUACUCGUUUGAUUGCGGUACCGGGCCCGCUUGGCUCAAGAGUGAGAUUAAAAUUAAUGACAAUCAGUGGCAUACUAUUAACUUCAAAAGAAGUGGUAAUUUCGGCGAGCUUAUUGUUGAUAAAAACAUACCAGUAGCAGAGUACUCGCAAGGUGGAGCUGUUACUAUGGAUGUCAAUCCGCCGUUCUAUGUCGGUGGAAUACUGCCUGAAUUGUCUGCCAAUGUUCUGGCUAAUAUUGGAACUAAUAAGACAUUCAAUGGAUGUCUCAGGAACUUUGAGAUGAAUGGCCAGCCAGUUGGUAAACCUGAAGAAACUGUCGGCGUAAUUCCGUGUUCGAAUCGGGUCGAGUCUGGCAUAUUCUUCUAUCCAGGAAACGGCAGCAAUUUAUUCCGUGCGAUGGAUAAAUUUAGUGUCGGGCGGAGUGUUGAUAUUCAAAUGGACAUAAAGCCGAGAUCGGCAUCUGGACAUCUGUUAUCCGUACACGGAAAACGUCAUUUCUUGUUACUAGAAAUGGUUAAUGGUACCAUCAGGUUCCUCAUGAAGACAACGAAGGGUCCUAUUGAGACUUCCUUUGAACCAAAAAUGCCUAAUUCAUUGUGUGAUGGCAAUUGGCACAUCAUUAGAGCUGUCAAGCACAAAAAUGCAGUACUACUAUCAGUAGAUCAUGCAGAUCAGAGAGCGGCUCUACCGAGUACAGCAAACAAAAAUCCCGCUAAUGUUGUUACGAAACAUCCAGUAUUUAUUGGUGGGCAUCCUCAGCUCGGAAAACGUUUACAGGGCAGCGUAUCUCAGUCACAAUACGUCGGGUGUAUUAAAAAUAUAGUUAUUAAUUCAAAUGAAAUUACUUUAGAUCCAGAGCGUGCCUUUGGACACGUAACAACUGGUAUAUGUCCGAUUAUUUAAUUUACAAAAGCCCAAAAUAUAUUAAAAAUAUAUAUAAGAUUUUUUACAAGUCAAUAAAAAUAAUUUUUUACUAAUGUUGUUAGUCUGAAAA